GCUGACCACUCCAGCAAUGCAGUAAGCCAGGAGGUAAGAUCUUGCAGCUCUCUGCACCUCUUAACUCUGCGGUGACCUAGUUCUCAUGUCACAUACCUACAGUUGCUUUUCUUUUGCAUGCUCUUGUAAGAUGUGGACAUUUGGCCCAACAGUGUUCUGAUAUGUCAGUUUAAAUUUAGCAAUACACCGGGGAGUGGGGGGGUUGACUAAAUAUUUUGCAAUCCCAUCUUGUUCUGCAAUUGUGGUCAAGACAAAAAUCUCAAUUGAGUUCUGCACAAAUGCACACUGAAAUAGUUUUAAUGAAGUGUUUUGUUACUUCAGUUUUGGUCCAUGUGUUUUAUUGUGUAGUUCACUUGAAUCAUUCUUCUCCGCAUCUUACUCUUAAAUGAAUCUUUGCAAAAGUAGGUGUAGCUAAAGUGCUGCAUAUGUCUCUCCAAACAGUACAGUGCAAUUUUGUGUUCUUGUAAGUCCAAUUUUGUUGAGCUCUUUCUAGCUCAUAUGUAAUUUUAGCCACUGUAAAGAGCUGCAUAUAGAUGAGCUGCUGAAACUACUCAGAAGAUCUCAGCAUGGCUUCAAAAAGUCAGUAGGUUUUUAUUUGGAAUUUACUUGCGAUCAGUCUGGCUCUAAGUAUAGACAUGCCCCUAGAGCUGACGUAAGGUAUGUAGCUGUUAACUCAAGUCUUCCAGGAAGCUCAGCUCUGGGUGUAAAAUGUGUGACUGGUUUGGUCUUUCUCACAGCAUUUCGAUGACAUAUUUAGAUCCCACUGUAAUCAGUCAGGUAUCCUUUACGUUCACUGCUGUGGUAGCCUAUUAUGAUCCUCCACCCUCUCUUCUCGGAUGUCAGCUCAAUCACCACUAACCACAGACAAGCUGAGUCAUCCAGCUCAUUUCAUUGUAGAGGCAUAUAUGAAAUGAGUAUACUUAAAAUUCAUAUGAAGAUGAUCACCCCUAAACUGACUGUGAAAAGGACUUUAUGAAUCUCUAUCAUUAACAUACAAAAGACAAGCUAAAAAUGGAGAAAGACUGGAGGGAAAAGGAGCCAUAAUAAAAGUUAUAGUUAGGAAAAUUCCUGGAGUUUUCUCAUACAUCACUACAUCUGGACAUAAUCUGAUUCAAAACCCUUAUAAAAUCUAAAUUUUCUAAAUCUAAAAAUUUUUAUAAAUGAGAUACAAUGUGUUUAAUAGCCAGCUGUUUGCCCCCAUUUCAGGCCAACUGCUUCCCUUGACUUUCAGCCUUUAUGCUUAGCUAAGCUAACCAGAUGAAGCUUUAUCUUUUUCACAAACAAGAAAGUGGCAUCCUCUAGUCUAAAUCUUUACAAGAAAGUGAAUAAGUAUGUUUUUUGUAAUGUUAAAUUAUUCAUUUUAACAUAGAGCCAUCCGACCUGCAACAAAAGAAUCUGGACAUGGGUGCAUGUCAACCAUCAAUAAUGCAACAGUUGGCAUUUGCUUUGUUUUUACAACCCUGCUGCCAUGCUCAUGAACCAUGACUGCUCUUCCUGCAGCUUAGGAAGCAGCGAUGGUUUGCCAAAACGACUGAAUGGGAGGAGGAUUAUGAGGACACGAGCUGUGUGAGAGGAGAUGAGAGGAAACUAAUCAUCAUUUGGAGCUUGAAAUAUUACCCAAUGUAAUCUGUCAUCACAUCCUGUCCUGCAUAGGUUCUGAGGUUACUGUGAAGCUGACUAUCUGUGUCAUCAGUUAGCAGACUUGUAAAUUUUCCCCCACCUUUAGAGAUAUAACUAUUAAAAGAAGGCAUUGCCAUAAUUGUUGGGAACUGUUGCUAGUAUUUAUUCUCAGCCCCCAAAGACUAAAGCAGAGGUCUGAGGGUGGGUCUAGUAAGAGGGAGGGUUAAAGAGGAGAGGGGAGGAGUUAGGAACAAAAAGACAGUGAGGCAGAGGGGAGGCCAGAAAGAGAAAAAAAGGAGCAGUGACAGAUGAUCAGAGGCUGUUGUUUAAAAAUGGACUUAAGUUUGCUUAAAGUUCUUGAAAAAGAGAGAGUCCUGGAGGUUCUUCGGAGGGACAAACAACUGCGUACAAUUGAAGAGGACAGGAUCAGAAGGAUGAAGCAUGAGCUGCAGGACCUUCGAAGGAAGGAUGUAAAAAGUUUGGGCCAGCAGUAUGGGGAGCGAAAGUGCGCUUGCUGCCAGAGACCGCUGGGGAAGUUGUGGAACUCAGGCGCAGUGUGCCGCGGCUGCAGCCACCGCAUCUGCAGCAUGUGCCGUGUGGGAGCAAUAGACUGGAAGUGUGAGGUCUGCUAUGCCUACAGGGUGGUGAAACUCAGAUCAGGAGAGUGGUUUUUAGAGGAAAAGGCAAAAAAAUUUCCAGUCACCACAGACAAAUAUGAGACGAUUGGGGAAGAAUUAUUAAAAACCUACAAUGUUCAAAGUUAUGUAUCAGUCGUACCUCCAACUCCUCCACCCCACUUGGAUUAUCAAAAUCUGGGCAGAUCUGGGGAUUUGAAAAAUCUGAAGCCUUUUACCACAUCUUUGGAAAAUCUGGUGGUUUCCUUUACAAGUCAAAUGAAAAAGAUUUCCACUUCUCAGAAUGAUGUGCGAGGACACUUGCUGAAAGUUGACAACAGCCAGAGAGGACCUUAUUUCAACUACAGCACCCAGAAGAGCCUGUCUGACACCGACAUUAGUAAAUCUAGCAAACUCUUUAAAGUCCCAAGUCUUCCAAAUCUUUUCAAGAAAAGCAAAGACAGUGACCAGGACAGCUCCCCCACUGGGACAGAAGAAGAAACUUCCUUCAGUUCUGAGUACUCUGGAGGAGUAGAGAGAGGCAGUAAUGGAAGCAUCAGCACAGACUGUGGACUCGUUGAGAACAUCACUGUAGCAGGAGAGUUGGAACUGGCUCUGGCCUACAAUACCACCACGUCCAGUCUGGACAUCACUGUCGGCACCUGCAGAAAUCUCACUUACAGAGACAGCAAGAGGAGGAAGUGUCACCCAUAUGUCAAACUCUGUGUGCUGCCAGACAAGAGUGUCAAGCUGAAGACAACAGUCAAGAGAAACACGACAGAUCCAGUUUACAAUGAACUUUUAAAGUAUGACAUAGAGCGCCAUCUGCUGUUUGGAAAGAGACUGCAGGCUUCUGUGUGGCAUUCAGGAACUCUGAAAAGAAAAGCGUUUCUUGGCGAUGUACUCAUCCCACUGGAUGGCUUGAUGUUUGAGGACAAGGCCUCCCAGAGCUUCAACUGGUAUCCGCUGUGUCUGAAGGCUGACAGUCCAGAUGGGGGUGCUGUGUAGCAGGAACGAGGAAAACUGCUGCUCCGAGUCAAGUUCAGCUCCAACAACCAGGGUGUGUGUUUAGGUGUGUGUGUGUGUACGUGUUUGCAUUUAGGUUUCUGACUCGAGGAGCAGGCAGACAGAUUCUCCAGACAACGACCAUUUCUGACGGUGCAUGUGGGCACUCAUUAGCUGCUGUUUGUCCAGGACAUCUCUCUGAACCUGGACCGGGUGGAGAGCCCCUUUUGCUCGUCAAGAGAUCCCACAAGGGCUGAAACGGACCCUGGUAACAACAGGGACUUUCUUUUUUGGAACAUCCUUUGUAACAAAUUCUGUGGUAACAUUGUACUUUAAUUUUAUCUAUGACACAUUUAUAAGCACUAUAUAAACAAUAAAUUAUCAAUUUAUAUUAUGAUGUAUACAGCUCAUUCUGGUAAUUACUUGUAAUAGUUAAUAAAUUAUUGACAUUGUUUACACAUAAAUAUGUGUGUAUAUUUUAUAUACACAUGA